AUGGCGGAUGCAGACCCACCACCUCGUCGCCGGUCACGAUCACGAAGUCGAUCCCCGCCUAGACGACCAAAAGCCAGCGGCGGGUUCAAAUGGAAAGAGAAACGUCCUACUACUAGCGAAGACAGUCGCGGCGGUGGUCGAGACAGCAGCGACAAGAACCUCCAGCGCGGCUACCGCGACCGCUCGCCCCGGCGUGAUCGCGAUCGGGAUGAUAGACGGGAUAGAGACCGCGACAGCAACAACGAUCGCUCAAGGCAAAAUCGCUCCCCGACCAGACGAGACCACGACUCUGCUGCUGCCCCCCGGGAACGGGAUGCCACUCGUGACAGGCGCCGCUCCCCAAGACGAGAGCGCUCGCCACGACGGGACAGACCAAGGGAUAAGCCAAGAGAAGAAAAGAAGGAGAAGCCCAGGCAACCCAUCGCGCCACAAGAAGAAAUGAUUGUCGUCACGGUGAAUGAUAGACUGGGCACCAAAGCCCAGAUCCCCGCUUUUCCCUACGACACGGUCGGCCAGUUCAAGAUUAUGGUCGCCAUGAAGGUUGGCCGGGAGCCGCACGAGAUUUUGCUCAAGAGGCAGGGGGAGAGGCCGUUUAAGGAUCAUAUCACGCUGGGGGAUUACGGGGUUAGUAAUGGGGUGCAGGUUGAUUUGGAGGUUGAUACUGGGGAUUAA